CGGGCCGCGUCCCGACAGGCCCCGCGCGGGGUCAGCGCGGGUUCAGCGCGGCGGUUCCGGCGGCUCCGGGGCCGCGGCGGGCGCAGUGAGCAGGACGGACUGACACAGGAAGCCAGUGGGCGGUGGGGUGCGUGUCUGACUGCACCGUGACAUCUCUUGUGGUGCCCAGAGCAGGAUGUACACACUGCUGUCGGGCUUGUACAAGUACAUGUUCCAGAAGGACGAGUACUGCAUCCUGAUCCUCGGCCUGGACAAUGCUGGGAAGACGACCUUCCUGGAGCAGUCAAAAACCCGGUUUAACAAGAACUACAAGGGGAUGAGUCUGUCCAAAAUCACCACCACCGUGGGUCUGAACAUCGGCACUGUGGACGUGGGAAAGGCUCGCCUCAUGUUCUGGGACUUAGGGGGGCAGGAGGAGCUGCAGUCUUUGUGGGACAAGUACUACGCAGAGUGCCAUGGCGUCAUCUACGUCAUCGACUCCACCGACGAGGAGAGGCUGGUGGAAUCUAAGCAGGCCUUUGAGAAGGUGGUGACAAGUGAGGCGCUGUGUGGCGUCCCUGUCCUGGUGCUGGCCAACAAGCAGGAUGUGGAGACGUGCCUCUCGAUCCCCGACAUCAAGACCGCCUUCAGUGACUGCACCUGCAAGAUCGGCCGGCGAGACUGCCUGACCCAGGCCUGCUCCGCCCUCACAGGCAAAGGCGUGCGCGAGGGCAUCGAGUGGAUGGUGAAGUGCGUCGUGCGGAACGUCCACCGGCCGCCGCGGCAGAGGGACAUCACGUAGGUGUGGCUGGCGUGCUGUCAGGGACAGCUCAUCCCCGUCUGCUGGAGGAGUGGCCUUCCUGCCGGCCCCUGUGCCACCAACCCUGGGGUUGGGUUUGCUUUGCUUUGUGAUUCUUCCUUUGCUUUGUGUUUCCGUAAGACAUUUUCCUCCGAGUCCCAGAAGUGCUGGCGUCCAGGGCCUCUGUGGACGGGAGUCUGGCAGCCAGGCCCCUGAGAGCGCCCAGGGCUGCUCUGUCCAGCUCGCCUGCGGAGGAGGCCGGCGUGUCCACUGCUCACCGGGCUCUGCCCCUGACCCUGGUGGUGGUCUGGCCUCAAGGAAUACCUGGCCCAUGUCCCCAAAGGCCAGCUGGGGCCCUGGGUUCUGUCACAGCCUCGGAACAGGGCUGAGGCGACCUGCCUGGGAAGACAGACCCACUCCCAGGCACGCUGGCGACAUCGCCGCAUUUUAAUCCCUCGGGGAGAGGCAGCUGAGAUGGAAGAGCUGGGGGUUGAUGCUUUAUGUGGCCCCCGACAGGUUGGGGGGUGGUAGGGGCCUGGAUCCACUGGGCCGAGACCUGAGCAGCAGGCGGCAGGGGCUCCCUGGGGCCCAGGUCAGUGAUGUUGGGCCUGUGUUCCUAUGGAGGGAGUUAGGGAUGGGGGUCCCUGGAGGUACCUAAAUGCCCCUCCCCCUCGUGCUGGAGACAAGGCAUCUAGACUAUCCUUUCUGGGGUCCUCAGAGCCCUCCCCACACAGCACAGCCCCUACCCACAGGAGCAGGAAGCACCCAUGGGCCAGGCCUGCGCUCUCCCUGGCCAUGUGGCUGUGGGCUGACCAGGGUGCUUGUGCACAGAAUAAAGACCGUCUGACCUGC